AUUGAUAAUGCUAUAUCGAUUCAGAAUAAAAUGGAUAUUAUUUAUAAGAAAAAAAAUGAAACAAAUGAAAUGUCAAGCAUUCAGUCAUUACUAACCAUAUCAAAUUGAUUGAACAACAAAUUUUCAACACUGAAUCAAUCAUCAUUCACUUCUAUUCACUUUACACUGCUGCAAUUUGGAAGACUCUCCUAGUCUCCUACAUUGUACGAACAUUCCAUGGACCUAAAUAAACGGUUGCUCUGGUUGCCAGAAGGAGCAUCAACCUCGUGACUUCCGAAGGAACUCGACUUUCAUCAUGAGGCAUCAUAACUCUUCUAAAUGAAGACCUUCUGACUCCCAGAAAGAAUAUUCAUCAAAUGUUUCUCAUCAACCCAGUACAAUGAACAACUCUAUCAAAGUAUCACGAAAAUCCUAUGAUUCUCUUCAAUCAUCAUCAUCAUCAUCAUUAUCAAAUAAGCCAAAAUUAUCCCAAAAAGAAAUUAAUAAAAUUAUUGAACGUUUAACAAAAUAUGAUGAAACAACUGGACCGCCUGAAUCAAAUAAUGCAAAAAUCUAUUUAGGAUAUGGAAGAUAUGAAUAUCCACAUAGAAAAUAUACAAGUAAAGUAUUUAAACAUUUAACUAGAACAGAGAUAGAUGAUUUAAUUGAAAGAUUAACUAAUGAAAAAUUACCAAACCUUCCAAGUACUAACUCCUUUACAAAUCCUAUGUCAUAUAUGAAAUGUAAUGCUAAUAAAUUACAAGAAAUUAUUGAACAUUUAACAAGUGAUAAUUCAUCUAAACUUCCUAUAGAAUCAACAUUAGCUAGAAAAUAUCUUGGUUUUAAUCGUUAUGAUUAUGGUUGUUCAUUAGAUAGUCAAAUUAAACCAAUAAUGAAAAAAUUAACUAAAGAAGAAAUUCAUCAUUUAAUUGAACGUUUAACACAAUAUGAUAUUAAUAAAUAUCCACCAGAAUCUAAUGGACAUAUGAUUAAGAAAUAAUGAAAAGAAAGAUUAUUUGUUUAGUCACUAACUUAGUUAUAUACUACUCAAUUGUAAUACACAAUCAUUCUAUCACUGUUUGUUUUAUUUAUAAAUAAAAAAUGGUUUUG